AUGGUUUUGGUUCGGCUUAGGCCUGAGAGAUUCCCACCUGGUGCUUAUCAUAAACUACAUGAUAGAAGAAUCGGUCCAUUCCAGGUGGUACAGCGUAUUGGCUCCAACGCUUAUCGAGUAUUGUUGCCACCAAACAUUAGACUGCAUCCCGUAUUCAAUGUAGCUGAUUUAAUCAAGUACAAUGAAGACCCUGCCCCAAGUAGUGAAAGAACUGAAAUAUCAACUCCCAACGUGCCUCCCAUACCAGCAACGAAUGAGAAAGUGGAUCACAUUAUAGACCAUCAAUUUGUCUCUAUGAGGCGGGGAGGGUAUCACAAAUUUCUUGUCCAUUGGGUGGGCAAACCAGAAUCUGACAAUUCAUGGAUAAAUGCGGAAGAAUUAGCCCAAUUGAAUCCCAUUCUGCUUGAAAACUACUGCCAGCAUCAUUCGACGGAGUCGAAUUUCUUAGUGAAGGAGGGAAUUGGUGCAAAAGAUGGCUUUAGUUUCAGUGGACCAACUAAGGGGCCCAUGCCCGUGCAACUAGACAUUCAACACAACCUUGAAGAAUUAAAGGCAGGAGACACGGAGCUGAUGGUGGCUGAAAUCUAG